AUGCCCCAUUCAGCGUCAUUACAGGAGAAAAAACGACGAGAAGAGCAUCAACAGCGAGCGUAUGAUACACAAUUGGCAGGGGGACUGCAGGGAGCAGCGAGGUGGACUAUAUAUGGAGCUAUGGCUUGUGCUAUAGGGCAUUUCGCUUAUCCACCAUUUGCACGUCAGACCCUAGGACUCAAGGCAUUCCUAACUAGUUCAGCUACUAUAUUUGGUCUGGUCGUAGGAGCAGAUAAUCACCUAUUGAAGUACGAGUCAGAUUUACGAGAAGCAGAGAAUGAUAUACGUCGUCAAGCAAGAUCUGAAUUAGCUCAACAAGGCAAGAUAGCGACAGAAACUGAGAUCAGGAAAUGGAGGGAAGCAAAUAAAGAUUUAUUAGCUGCACGCGCUCAAGCUGCUGGAGUACAAAUACCUGGAGCAGGGACAUGA